AUGGAUGGGUAUUUCGGCCUGAAUGGAUGUGGCUAUAAAAGGGUCUGGCCCAGCUGUGCCCUGUCCAAAGAGUACUUGGACGGCAUGCGGCAGGUGGUGGUGGAUUCGAUGAGGGCCUUUCGGCAUCACUGGCAGAUAUGGCGACUGCUGGGCAUGCAUCCGGCAGACCCGCAGACGUUGUGGGGUCGCCACUACAAGGUCUAUGCGACAGUGUGGCUCAUUACCUUUCGCCUGGUCAUGUGGCUCUCGGUGAUGGUGAACUUUCUGCUGUCCACCUCGCUGGAGUCAUUCUGCGAGAGCCUGUCUGUGGCAGUGCCCCUGACGGUCGAAAAUCUGAAGGCCUUCAGUCUGCGGCGUACGCGGCAGCAGAUUCUGGAUACCCAUGACAUCCUGCAACAUCUGGAUGGCCGCAUUGCAUCUCUCACCGAGAGCAAAAUCAUUCUCGAUGCCAUUAAGAGGGCUCACUAUGUGUUUAUUUGCAUUUAUCGUGCAAUCGUUUUUGUGCUAGGCUUUGGCAUACUGUUUCUCUUCGUGUCCAACGAGCGGCUGAUGAUGUUCCCCUCCUGGAUACCCUGGAAUUACAAGGAGUCGUCCCUGACCGUCUAUCUGGUGACGGUCACGCUGCACAGUCUCGGCUUCAUCGAGAACGCCAUGAUGGUUGGCCACGUGGACACCUGUCCGACCUCCUACCUCAUUAUGCUGGCCGGCCACACCCAGGCCCUGGCCCAUCGCGUCUCCCGCCUCGGCUACGAUCGCCGCCUGACGAGAGCCGAGGCCUGCGAUCGGCUGCGCGAUUGCAUUAACGAUCAUCAGCUCAUUCUGAAUAUUUUUCAGUCACUGGAACACUCACUGUCCAUAUCCUGUUUCCUGCAGUUCUUCAGCACGGCCAUCGGGCAGUGUGCAAUUUUCUUUUUCCUGAUCUUUGUGAGGAUCGGCAUCAUGCAGUCCGUGAACAUGAUCUUUCUCUUGAUGAUCUUCACCACAGAGACGCUGCUGCUGUGCUACAGCGCCGAACUGGUGUGCCACGAGGGCGAGCAUCUGAUGAGGGCCAUCUACGAUUGCAAUUGGCUGGAUCAGUCGCUGGAGUUUCGUCGCAUGAUCGUCCUCAUGCUGGCGCGCACCCAAAAGCCGAUGAUUAUGCGUGCCGGCCUGAUAGUUCCCGUGCAAAUGAUCACCUUCAGGAUGGUGUGCAAGGUCGCCUACACCAUGUUCACGCUGCUGAACGAAAUGCAGAGCUCGGAGGUUGAAUAAUGCACCUG